GUUAGUGGAGUGCGGACGGUCAGUGCGCGACAAGUCAAUGUUUUCAGCACGGCUAGUAGCGAGCGCGAUUACCUGCUCUAUAUAUAGGAGGCAAUCGCAGGUUGUCGGCUCUUAUCGCAAGCCAGUGUCGUCGGCAAGUAGCAGGCAAGUUAACAGCGUAUACUACACACACUAGUAGACGGAUAACAAGUGCCAUUUUUUACACACACACGGAGGCUUGUCUCUCCACACGUGUGUGUGAGUGAGAGAGCGAACAUAUGUGUGCGUGUGGACAGUCAACAACAGCCAAUCAGGUCCGCGUUGUCAAACUAAUUUCGACCAGAUCAACUUUACUUCUUGUAGAACUAACGAAGCAGUGUUCGUGACUUUGCCAGUCGGGUAACUAGACAUUAGUUGUUGAUAAAUCUACGUAAACAACAGGACAGACAACUUUAAACAGUAUGUGGUACGAAAGUGAAGAGUUGAAGUGCAAUUCGAAAUGUCUGAGUUCGUCGCAAGAAUCGUUGCUGGAGGAGCAGCUGGAAGAAGCAAGUGGCGGCGUUGCCAAAAUCUGCUACGCUCAUCACCGACUGCCCCCAAGCGCCCUCUCGUCGGUCACCUCAUCAGCCGCAUCCGUCGCCAGCACCGCCACCCUACUCACCGACAAACACACCGCCGCCGCCACACUACUCACCAACAAGCUCCUAGUCAACGUGCACAAGCACAAACUGUACAACAAGGCGACCGCCAAGCCCAACAUGAAGGAACUGAAUCUGCUGAUCGCCAGCCCGACCGUCGGCCUUGACGAGUGCAGGGACAAGGUGCCCGGCCAACUCACCACCACCGUGGUCAUCCCCUACUCGGAGAUGGAGCGAGAUGACAAGCACAACAUAGAGUACGAGAAACAACCCCCCCAACCACACAAGCAGCCACCCACCGCUCUCAGUCUGGCCGCUAUUAUGCCACAGGUUUUGGCGGCUGUGUCAGUUUCACUGGGCUCAAUGGUAGUGGGCUUCUCGUCGGCUUACACUUCACCAGCCAUCGCCUCCAUGAAUUCAAAUGCCAGUUCCUUACACGUCACACCGCAAGAGGAAUCAUGGAUUGGAAGUCUGAUGCCGCUUUGUGCACUUUUUGGAGGCAUAGCCGGAGGCCCACUGAUUGAGACUAUUGGAAGGCGGACUACCAUUCUAUCAACCGCAAUUCCAUUUAUUCUAUCUUUUCUGCUAAUAGCUAGCGCAACCAACGUAGCAACAAUUCUAGCCGGCCGAUCCAUAUCGGGCUUCUGUGUGGGAAUUGCCUCAUUGGCUCUGCCUGUAUACCUGGGCGAGACAGUGCAACCGGAGGUGCGAGGUACUCUCGGACUAUUGCCUACUACUUUCGGAAAUUCAGGAAUCCUAAUAUGUUUCAUCGCCGGAAAAUACUUGGACUGGUCAUUGCUGGCUAUGCUAGGAGCAGCUAUACCAGUUCCUUUCCUACUAUGCAUGUUCCUGAUUCCCGAGACCCCACGCUGGUUCGUCGAAAAAGGCAAACAACAGCGAGCAAGGAAGGCGCUGCAGUGGCUGAGAGGCAACAACACAGACGUCAGCUACGAGUUUUCCGAGAUCGAGAAGUCGAACAAGGACGCUGAAAAGUGCGAAAACGAGUCGGCGUUCAAAGAGCUUUUCUCGGCCAAAUACAGUCGGCCAUUAAUCAUCUCCAUCGGACUCAUGUUUUUCCAGCAGCUCAGCGGCAUCAACGCCGUCAUUUUCUAUACAGUCAGCAUUUUCAAGGACGCUGGCAGCACAAUCGACGAGAACCUGAGCACGAUAAUCGUGGGAAUCGUGAACAUGGGCUCAACCUUCGUGGCGACCAUGCUGAUCGACAGACUGGGCCGCAAGAUUCUGCUCUAUGUCUCCAGCACACUCAUGACCAUCACUCUGCUCAUCCUCGGCACAUUCUUCUACGUCAAGAACGUCAUGCAAAUCGACACCACUGAAUACGGAUGGGUGCCUCUUGGCAGUUUUGUCGUAUUUGUCAUUGGAUUCUCGAUCGGUUUCGGACCUAUUCCCUGGCUGAUGCUGGGAGAGAUACUUCCAGCAAAAAUCCGUGGAACAGCCGCCGCACUAGCAACAGGAUUCAACUGGUCGUGCACAUUCCUAGUGACCAAGUCAUUCUCCGACUUGAAGGCGAUUUUGGGACAGCAUGGGGCUUUUUGGAUGUUCGGUGUGAUCUGCCUGUUCGGACUGGUGUUCGUGAUCCUGCUUGUGCCAGAGACUCAGGGCAAGAGCCUCGAGGACAUCGAGAGGAACCUGACCGGAAGUGGCAAGGACAAGGUGCCCGUUCGGACAGUGCGCAGAAUGAGCUCCAUUGCUAACCUCAAACCGCUUCCAAGCUCCAUUUAGAAACCUCUUCAUCAGCCAUGGAAUCUACACUCUUGAUCAUCAUCUACACUCGAAUGUGGCUUAACGCCGAUCAAAAAAUAGACUUUGCCACUUUGUUGCAGUGUACAUGUACAAAUUUUACAUAUAAACACAACAAAUAGACUGUGCUAGAUUCUUGCAGUGUACAGACACAACUUUUACAAAUGCACACAAAAAAUAGACUGUGCCACUUUGUUGCAGUGUACAAGUACAAAUUUUACAAAUACACACAACAAAUAGACUGUGCCAGAUUCUUGUAGUGUACACGACCAACUUUUAAAAAACACCUUAUUUAUUUUUAUAUUUUUGUCAAAUACCAUACCUAACUACCAAAUUUGACAAACACUGUUGCCAGGUGUAACUGAACCCCUUCAACACACCAUAAUUUUAUAUUUAUUGGAGAGAUUAAGUUACUUAAUGUUACUAUGACACUUGUCAUGUUGUUAUAUGGCCCAUAUUGGGACCCACUAUAUUAUAUAUAUUAUUUAAAAAUGCUUGACUUAGAAGAGCCUUAAACGAAGAUACUCUUAUGUAGUUUAAUUAUUUUAUUCGCAAAUUAAUUUAUAACUUUUACUUUAGAAACAUGUAAGUUAGGAGGAAGUAGAUGUCCUUUCAAGAAAUAAGAGAUCGACUAUGCUAGCGCGUUGAAUUCAACAUUCCAAAGUGUACCUGUCCAGUAAUUAUUCGAUAAAAUAACAUUCAAAAACGCAAACCAAUGGCAUGUGCAAUCUGCAUUCGUAAAUUAUUAUUCAACAUAUGCGAUAAAUUUCAUGUUUGAUUUUUUAAAUAAAGGGAACUUUAAACUGGAUACUAGAUAUAAGCGUAAUAGUAAUUUGGUUGUAUCAUUCAAAUCUUAUUCACCCGUAACUGAAAAUUGAAUAAAUUGUUGUGAUUAGUUUCUAUUUGAUGAGAUUGUGCCACGACAUUAUUCUUUGUAAAAAUAGGUUAUCUGUGUGAUUUUCUCAAAAUGUUUAAUGAUUAUUUUAUAAAGAAAGUGUAAAUAUAUUGUGUAACAAAAAUAUUGUAUCAAGUCAUUGAUCAAGUCAUAAAAGAUCAACAACAUACAGAAAAAGACAUUUAGAAAAACUCUGUUAUCUUCAUUCAUCAGGUUCAGACCAAUAGCUGGAACCAAGUUCAAAGUAGUAAAUAAUUUUAAUCAAUAAAAGACAAAACUAUCAGCAAUGUGGUAUAACACAAUAUAUUUUUUAUAAUGAGAUUUAAAGUGAAUGAUAUUUUUGUGAUAUUCAUAGGAAUAGAACCAUUUUAUGUAAUUUUAUAUUAAUGUGAUGAGUUAUAUUUUUAUAUGAUUGUAGAAUGUAUUCUUUUAUAAAAGCGUACUACAUAGUUGAAAGGACAGAAUAUAUCUCAUUAAGGGAUUUUAUAAGCUUGAUUAAAUAUUCGAAUAAAAAUGAUAGGAUUAUUUUUUGAAAA